AUGAACCGGGCUGAGAAUCAUCUAUCCCAGGGCCCUUCCAAUAGGGGUCUUGAUGGGCCUCAAAAUUUAGAGGCAAAGCUACGAGGUAUGCUGAGAUCCGAUCAGGUCACCAAUCAGCUACCGAUGCAACCGGUGCAACCGGUGCAACCAGCCCCAGGGCAGUACGCGCAACUUCCAAUGACAUCGGCACCGCCGCCAGGCCUUAUUCCUAGCCCUAAUAUUCAUCGACAGCAGCAUCCACCUCCUAUGCUUCAGCGAAGUAGUACUGUCCCUAGCCACGGAUUUGCCCCACGACAACCUCCAACAUUAGACAGGGCAGGUACAUUCUACGACGGAAUGCCUUCGCCUCCGUUCAAUGGCCCUGCAGCAUACCAAAGUCCACGUUCUCGAGGAGGAGGGGGAAGAUGGGGCAGGUCAAACGGGUUCCAACAUGCACCAGUACCUCAAAUCAACAAUACUUUGCAUUUCCCACCGCUGGGGACUGUCCCUACUCAGCCUCCUCCUCCACCCCUAUCCGAACACCGGUUCCCUCCCAACAUGAACAACAGCCGACGCUAUUCAGGAGCCGGGAAUUAUCAGCACGACAAGCCGCGUAGUCCGAUCUUGAAUAGAAAUGAGCCUUUCUACGGACCGCCUGGGCAGUAUCAAGGAUUUGGGGGCAGCCCUCCGCAGAAUCGUCGAGGUCAAAGGCAACAUAAUUAUAGAGGCUCACAUAAUGGCGGUACCAGGUCCUACCGGCAAUUCGUACCACUUGAUUACACUCAGAUGACUGACUAUGCGAAGUCUGUUGUUCAGAGCAUCAGCCCAACGCCCGAUGAAAUAGCAAUGAAGAGCAGUACCCUCCGGCGAAUUACGGAAAUUUGCAACAACCUAGUACCCGGUUCUCGAAUAAUACCCUUUGGGUCCCUUGUUUCCGGGUUUGCAACUAAGGGUGCGGAUAUGGAUGUGAUCUUUGCCCACGACUCUCUUCAUCCUCAGCCUUUCAGCCACGAAUCUAAUGUACCCGUCAGGCUCGCUAAUGAAUUCCUGAAAAGAGGGUUCGAGGUUGAUCUUCUUAUUCGAACAAGAGUUCCAAUAUUGAAAAUAAAAACCCCUAGCAAUGACCCCGGAUCGCGCCCGGGGUCACCUUCCGCCCAAGAUGCUCUAAAGGAGGACCUUGAUGAAGAGCCCUGGCCUGAAAACAUCUCCUGUGAUAUCGGUUUCAAAGCCCAUUUAGGGAUAACGAAUUCGUAUUUUUUCAGAACAUACAGCCAGUGUGACUCAAGAUUCCGGGAGAUGGUCUUAUUUGUCAAGCAAUGGUCAAAAAACCGGGACCUUAACUCGCCAUAUUUUGGAACACUAUCGUCAUACGGCUAUGUAUUGAUGGUGGCGCACUUUCUAAUUAACAUUGUGAAGCCACCUGUUCUUCCUAAUCUCCAGCUGAUACCCCCAGAUCCAGAUACUCCGGAAUCUGAGCUUAGACAGGAUGGGUUCGAUAUUUGGUAUUUCAAGGAUAUUGCAAAAAUAACGUCAGGGGAGCUCCUUCCCGACGGAAAGAACGAAAUGGGGCUUGGGCAACUUAUCUACGAAUUCUUCCAAUACUUCACCACAAAUUUCAACUUUGUCAGCGAAGUAGUGACAAUCCGAUCGCUAGGAGGUGUAAUGUACAAGCAGCAUAAAGGAUGGACGAGUGCUCGAGAACGUGUUGGUGAAACGACCACCUACCAGGAUCGAUAUUUACUCGCCUUAGAAGACCCGUUCGAGAUCACACACAACGUGGGGCGCACAUGCGGAGGUCCUGGAGUUAGAAGGAUUAGAGGAGAGAUGCAACGUGCGGCGCAAAUAAUUCGAAAGAUUUCAACCCAAGCUGCACCAGAAUCUCCGGCCACGGCCGCUAGGAAUUCUGGUUGGGAAAUGCAAAUCACGUUGGAUGAUCUAAUGGUCACGGUGACCCAGAAUAAUAGAACUUUCAGAAACAGGAAGAACAAUCAGAAGAAUUUGGUGGGGUGGAUAAAAAAUAAUUGGACUGUUGGAGAAUGCCUUGCACAGAUUGAUGCUGUAGCGGAAGAGUUGAGAAGGAAGCGGGAGCUUGGAUUGCCGGACGAUGCUGAGCUCCCACUAGAAAGUGAAGAAGGAAGUGAAGAAACAGAUGGAGAGGAGGGCAGCGAUUCGGGCUCUUCGGGGGAUAGUAGCAUACGGGUGGUUAGCUCCGAGGCCAACAGAGUCAUCGAGGGCCUUAAUGGCCUAAGAAUAUCAAGGUCGUAG